CAGACGCUGAUGUGUUGAGCAUUUGCAUGCGCAAUAUUUUUAUCGGUCUUAGAGCAUAGUGAAUAGAAAUAAAAAUUACAUUUUAUCAAAGUGUUAAAUAAAUAUUAUUGAAGAAAUUGUCUAUAUUCAUUUCAAAAUUUCAAACUGUCUUGAAAAGAGCCUCGAAGCUUAUUUAUCAAUUGAUACCAUUUGAAAAUAAUUAAGUUGCGUGAUAUGAAAUUAUGACAGAAUCAAAUAGAAAUCGAGUUGAUCGGGAUGGAUGCGAAAGAACAUGCAAAUCCACAUUCGAAAAACCAAAUCUAAAUGGAGAUCGAUUAAAUUUUUACCUGUUAAUAAUACUGUACAUAAUACAGGGUAUUCCUGUAGGCUUGUCUGGAGCUCUUCCAAUAAUUUUACAGAGCAAAAAAAUGGUGACCUAUGAAGAUCAAGCUGCGUUUAGUAUUUCAUUGUGGCCUUACAGUAUGAAACUUAUAUGGGCUCCAAUAGUAGAUGCACUUUAUGUUAAACGCAUAGGCAGGCGUAAAAGUUGGCUAAUACCCCUCCAGUUUUUAAUGGGGGUACUGGUACUUUACAUAGCCAGUAAUAUUGAUAAUUGGUUACCUGAGUCGGGAAAACCAAACCUAAAAAUGUUAAUAAUCGUGGUUUUUGUCGUUAAUAUUUUAUCAGCUACUCAAGACAUUGUCGUCGACGGUUGGGCAUUGACUAUGUUGAAGAAGAAGAACGUGGGUUAUGCAUCGACGUGCAAUUCAGUUGGAGUACCGUUUGGAAUGUUCUUAGGAUCAGUUUGUUUCACCCUAAUUGUAUCAGAGCAAUUCAAUGUUACUUAUUUUCGAGCUGUGCCUGGCGCAGGAGGACUACUUACUAUGAAAAGUUAUUUGUAUGGUUACGGCACCGCGAUUUUGGUGAUAACAUCUAUAGUGGCCAUAUUUAAAAAAGAAAAAGAUAGCAGAUUAGAGGAAGGACAUGUGAAUAUCAACGUAUUUCAGAAUUAUAAAUUAUUAUGGGAUAUUUUGAAGCUACCUCAAAUUAGAAUAUUGGCUGUAGCUUUAAUGACAACUAGAAUUGGAUUCACUGCAACGGAUAGUGUCUCAAAUUUAAAGCUUAUUGAUGCCGGUGUAUCUAAAGAAAACAUCAUGAUUAUUACCUCGGCUCUGUAUAUUAUAAAACUGAUUAUGCCAAUAUUUGUAUCCAAAUAUGUUACGGGCCCGAAACCGAUGAGUUAUUUCCUCAAAAUAACACCUUUUAGAUUACUCUGGUGUAUUUCUUAUGUUGUAUUGAUUUAUUAUACACCGAGUUUGAUACGAAAAGAUGGCCUUGUUGCUGUGCCAAUAUAUUAUAAUUUUAUAAUGGGAUUAGUAUUAAUAUCGAACGAGAUGCUGAGUUUCUUCAUGUUAUUAACAUUAUUUGCUUUCUUUUGCCGAUUAAGUGAUCCUCGUUUUGGAGGCACAUAUAUGACGUUAUUCAAUACAUUUUUCUAUUUGGGAUUCUUGCUAUCCAAUACUUUAGUUUUGAAACUGGUGGAUUUUUUCACUUUUAGAAAGUGUUCGAAUAAUGACCUGAAUAGUUGUUCGGCUCCAGAUUUAAAAAAUUUAUGCAAAGAAAAUGGAGGAAGUUGUGUUAUAUCUGUGGAUGGAUAUUAUAUAGUGGUUUUUAUGAGUUUGAUUGUUGGCUUUGUUUGGUAUGGUGUUUUUAGAAAUAUAAUCAAGAAAUAUCAAUCAUUGAGCAUUUCUCAUUGGAUGAUAAAUAUUAAACGACCUACAGCCCAAACAGCAGUCGAAUCAUGCCUUAUACCCACGUGAUCAAAGAUAAUUUAAAUAUUAAAUGUGUCAUUAAGUAAAUUUUCACUUCGUAAAAAAUAUAAUAAAAUGUUUUUAAUAAUUAUAGUUUACAGUGUAAACUUUACACAGUUUUCGAAACAUAAUUUAUUUAAAAAAAAUCAACAUCAAAAAUUGAUUGUGUGUUCAUAAUAAUUUAAGUAUUUACCUAAU